AUCCCAACCAGCGCUUUCCGAAAUUGAUUUCCCUCUUUUGUCAGAGAGGGAAGAAUGCAACAAUCUCUGUUUCUAUUUCAUUCACAUAUAUCAUAUCUUCCUCUUUUCACUGCUCCGUUCUCUGUCUCGAUCGCCGCUCGGUCUCCCGCUCAGUUACGCACGCUUCGGCUUCAAAAUUACCGCAGUGUCCUCCCUUGUCUCCAUUCCUCUGGUAAUUUCCCGCCUUUGGAUCCUGUAGUGGGCGGUGACGCGGCGGAAGAUCGACAAAUGGCGGCUGAAGAUGGACAAGACCCUCGACUUGCCAGAAUCUCGUCUGCAAUUCGAGUCAUCCCCGACUUCCCUAAGCCAGGGAUCCUGUUCCAAGAUAUAACGACGUUGCUUCUCGAUGUAAAAGCUUUUAGGGAUACCAUUGAUUUGUUUGUCGAGAGGUAUAAAGGGAAGGAUAUCUCUGUUGUUGCAGGUAUUGAAGCCAGAGGCUUUAUAUUUGGUCCUCCUAUUGCAUUGGCUAUUGGGGCAAAAUUUGUGCCAAUGAGGAAGCCCAACAAGUUGCCUGGGAAGGUUAUUUCCGAAGAGUACUCCUUGGAGUAUGGAACAGACAAAAUAGAGAUGCAUGUCGGUGCUGUUGAACCAGGAGAGCGCGCUCUAGUGAUUGAUGACCUCAUUGCUACUGGUGGUACCUUGUGUGCUGCAAUCAAACUCCUUGAGCGAGUUGGUGUGGAUGUUGUUGAGUGCGCUUGUCUUAUGGAAUUGGCAGAGCUAAAGGGUCGGGAGCGAUUAGGAGACAAGCCAUUAUUUGUUCUCAUAAGCUCUGCAUGACUUCUGUUUUUCAAAAAAUAUGGCCAUGAUUUGUAAGUUCUGCUCAAAGGUUGAUGAAUCCUGAAACUCUUGCUAAAAGGGGAGGUCCGUUGUCUGGUAGUAACAUUUAAACUGAUUAAAUAAGUGCUGAUGUAUUUGUGGACGCAAUGCCCUUUCCUUUUUCUAUUAUCCUUAAAAAACAGUAGUGGGGCUUAUAUUUGUUUCUUUCCAACUGGUGUUGGGUUUGGUUGUUUAGGAGAUGAGAGGUUGUUGGUUGUAGUGCAAUCAUUGCGAAUGGGAAUGCCUAUUUUUUCUUUAGUGCAGGGUUUUGUUAUUUCGUACGAGACACUUGAAGUCAAACUUCCUUUAUCAGGAACUCGUUAUAUACUAUCGAAAGAUCCUGAUUGAGUGAAUUGGCUGAUUGAUAUGCACAUUAUUCACUAUAAGAAUGGAUGUAUAGGAUAUCUAAUUUGCCUCUGUAAUAUGUCAUGAAGAACUGGAGCUAAUGGUUUUCAAUGAAAUAUUGUUGUCAUGGAUGCAAGAAA